CGCACGCAUUUUUGCCGCACAGCUCCCGCCUUCCCCUCGCCGAUCCCCUCCUCGCCGCCGCCGAGGAUGGAGCCCAACGCCGACAAGCUUCGUGGUCUCACCAUCACCUCCCUGGAUGAGGAAGACGACGAGCUCGAACUGCCCCACCAAUCCCCAUCCGCUAUCGGCGGCGUCGGCGUUGGCGCGGGCUACGACGAUGAGGAUGACGACGACGAUGAGGAAGCGCCCGAGGUGACGCUUGGUUUCCUGGAGAAGCCGAAGCACCCAGGCCUCCUCCUCCGUCACCUGUUCCCUAGCAAGGCCGGAGGCAUCCCGGCGUGGUUAGAUCCCGUGAACAUGCCAUCGGGGAACUCCAGCUGCUGCGGAUUCUGCGGCGAGCCCCUGCAGUUCGUCCUCCAGGUAUAUGCACCAAUUGAGGACAAUGCAGCAGCAUUUCACCGCACUCUGUUCAUGUUCAUGUGCCCAUCGAUGGCAUGCUUACUCCGAGAUCAGCAUGAUCAGUGGAAGCAUAGACAGGGCAAUCCUUGUAGAAGCGCGAAGGUUUUCCGCUGCCAGCUGCCUCGUAGUAAUGCCUUUUACUCCAUCGAACCACCAAAGCACAAUGGCUCUGACAAACCACUAUGUCCGGGAGCUCCCGUAUGCCAUUGGUGUGGUACAUGGAAAGGCGAUAAAAUCUGUGGUAGCUGCAAGAAAGCACGCUACUGUUCUGAGAAGCAUCAGACACUGCACUGGCGCUCUGGACAUAAGAGUGAUUGCCUACAGUUAAUCAGUUCUUCUGAAGCUUCAAGUUCUGUUCUUCCUUCUUUAGGAAGAGUUCCUGCUAGCAAAUAUUGGCCAGAAUAUGAGAUUGCCAUCGACUAUGAAGGCGCUUUUGAUUCUGAUAGUUGUGAUGAGGGUAACUCAAAAUCAUUGGUGAUGCAGAGACCUGGUAAACCAGAUGAUAUGAUGCAGUCAUGGAUGGAUCAGUUUGAGGCUGAUGCUGACAAUAAAUGUUGGGCAUCUUUUCAAGAGCGGAUCUCAAGAGCACCAAAGCAAGUAUUGAGAUACUGUCGAGAAUCAAAUGCCAAACCUCUGUGGGCAUUAUCUUCUGGUUGUCCAUCAAAUGCUGAUAUCCCAUCAUGUAGCUACUGUAAAGGUCCAAUGUGCUAUGAAUUUCAGAUAAUGCCGCAGCUGCUUUAUUACUUUGGUGUGAAAAAUGAACCAGACUCUCUUGAUUGGGCAACAGUUGUUGUGUACACAUGUCAAGGAUCAUGCAAUCAAAGUGUCAGCUACAUGGAGGAAUUUGCAUGGGUUCAGUUAUACCCUACAACAACCACAAGACCAUGAUAAUGUUUAUGGAUUAUUUAUUCCACAGAGGAGCUGGUAGAGAUCUUCUGCUCACACUUUGACUUCAAGAUGGGUGCUAAACUGCUCAGGACAAGAUAGUUUUGUUUUCGCUACUGGAGAUUUUAUAGUGGGCUGUGGCUUCGAUGAUUCCAGGUCAGUUGGUCGUGCAAUGUUGAGCAGUGUAGGGCCGUGGUCCCAAUGCUCUGUGCUCGCUACAAUGACUUUGGUCUAUAUAAGCAACUAGGGUCCAUCUAGUGCAUUUGGUAACAAAUAGACGUGCUCCUUGUGGUCACCACCAUGCCAUUUCAUUAUUAUAUCUUAAGUUUGAGUUAAAAAUCUAUAUUUGUUUUCAGAAAAGAUCUGUACUCCGAUUUGGCAAUUUGGUUGUAUGGUCAGAUGGGGAAAACCAUAUUUUUCCAGUUUUCUUCGUGGCCAUUUUCAUUCAGUGCGGACACUACAGACAAUACAUUUUCUAUCGGUUGAAAAAAUGGUUAAUACGUUCCAUAGUUUUAUGUGGAUACAUUCCAGUCACGAUGUAAUAUUAUACUGAUCUGUUAGUCGUCCUGAUCGAA